CGGCCUGCGAGCGCUCUGAGGUCCCGAUUCAUCGCGCUCGCCUCGCUUUUCUCUGGGCAGUGCACCUCAAUAGAACCCGGGACUGGGAGAGGUACUGGGUGUAACCCGCCACCCCUCACGCUCAUCACCAGCCAACUGACGUCCACCACCCCAUCGUUCGAACGGAUCCCCCAUCCCAGCUUUAAAGUGCCCUUCUUACCAUGUCCCAGAGAGGUGUUGAUAUCUGGGGAGUCAUCACCGGCGUCUUUGGGGCGCUCGCAAUCAUCUCUCCAAUCCUAUGGGGGUUGAUUUAUACCCAGCUGCCCUCCGUCAAGCUGCGUACGUUGGACGCCCUGCUUUUCGAGACGGAUCAGCUCCUCCGCAAGAGUGUGGACGAGGGUCUCAUUAGCGAAGAUCAGUUCCGUCUGCUUAUGUGGGCAACGCUCCGCCGUAUCGACCGGGUGAGGAUACAAGUGUAUCCAUCGGGGCCGUGGUCACACGAAUAUACGAACUGGAAGAAAGGAAUAUCUAGGGACAUCACUGUCCUCAUCGCUGAAGUGAACGAGAUACGCGCGAAGAUCGCCAGGAGCAGCUCCAAAGAAAGGCAAAAGCUGGAUGCAUCUGGCAAGGCCGCCGAUUUGAUCCUGUCGGCGCGGAAGCUGGAGACUACGCUGUCUGCCAUGCCUAGCGAUAGUGGGUCGAUGCGGCCGUCUGCCAGUUCAUUGUUGCUCGCGCAUCUGGACCCGCCUCUGGCGGACAGUGGUCGGUGUCCACAUACGGUGCCGCUCCCUGCCGUGACCAUUGCUCCUCCCGCCACCGAUGCCACGCUCUAUCCUUCGCCAUUCGGGGACAUCUACGCCACCUCUGACAACAAGCAAAACCUCACCCCCGCCUCUGACGAAGGGUCUACUCACGAGCACUCGUUGCCUUCCUCAGGCGCUCCGCCGCUUGUCUCGGGAGACUCCCGGACUCGCCGCGCGAUGCGUCGCGCUCUUCUGGCACGCUUUGGCAAAGAGCUCCUCGCUUCUCACCCCCAUACACUCCCAUGCACACCCGUCGGCGAAACUCCCUCGCAUAGGUCGAUGUCGCUCGAAAGCGACUCCGCAUUAUCUGCGCGGUAGGCCUCAUGUGGCACCACCGCACAACGGAUCUACUGGCCUUCUCAUGGUAGCGUUUGCGUCUCGGCCU